UCCCGGAAGUGCCCGGCCCUGUUCUCGGCCGGAAGCGGAAGCCGGGCGAGGGGAAGCCGGUCCCUGCUCGGGCCUGCUUUGGGGCUGCCAUCUUGGACGGUGGCGGCGGAGGCAGAGGCGCUGUCGGAAGGGAGCCGUCGAGGCGGAGUGGCUGGACUGUGGAGCCCCCUCCCGAGCCUGAAGCUGCACGAGAGGCCGCGCGGCCCGGCGGGGAGAGAUGAGCAGCAACAGUACCAAGCGGGCGCCCACGACAGCCACCCAGAGACUCAAACAGGACUACCUGCGCAUUAAAAAAGACCCAGUGCCUUAUAUCUGCGCCGAACCUCUCCCAUCAAAUAUCCUCGAAUGGCACUACGUGGUACGAGGACCGGAGAUGACGCCGUAUGAAGGUGGCUAUUACCACGGGAAACUGAUUUUCCCCAGAGAAUUUCCUUUCAAACCUCCAAGUAUUUAUAUGAUAACGCCUAAUGGAAGAUUUAAAUGCAAUACACGGCUAUGUCUUUCAAUUACCGAUUUCCACCCCGACACAUGGAACCCAGCCUGGUCGGUCUCCACAAUCUUAACAGGGCUGCUUAGUUUUAUGGUGGAAAAAGGCCCCACUUUGGGGAGUAUAGAAACAUCAGAGUUCACUAAAAGACAGCUUGCUUCCCAGAGCUUAGCGUUUAACCUGAAAGACAAAGUUUUCUGUGAAUUAUUCCCCGAAGUGGUAGAGGAAAUCAAGCAGAAGCAAAAGGCGCAAGAAGAGCUCCACAGCCGUCCCCCGGCCCUCCCUCUGCCCGACGUCGUCCCCGACGGGGAAACGCAUCACGGCCAGAACGGGCUGCCGCUCCUCAACGGGCACGUGCCAUUGGCCGCCGCUAACCACCCGGGCCUUCAGCAGGCCAAUCGGAACCAUGGACUCCUGGGGGGAGCUUUGGCGAACUUGUUUGUUAUAGUUGGCUUUGCGGCCUUUGCCUACACGGUCAAAUACGUCCUGAGAAGCAUAGCGCAGGAGUGAAGGGCGUUCUGCGGCGGUUCCAAGACCAAAUUAGCGGUAGUGGCAGCAAAAAAAAAUCAAAAAAUGCAUUUUGGGGGACACUCUCUGGGUAUCAGACUUCCAACCCCAGGAUAAACAAUGUGAUGUACAGGUAAAAACAAAACGUGGUUUGGCUCAUGGGUUUAGUUUGGGGGAAGGGGGAAGAUAGGAGCGAUUAUUU